AUUAGUCUCUUAUUGGUGAAGUCAAUAGAUUAAUUUCCAGCUAAGAGUUACACUUUAUAUUAAAUUUCAUUUAUUCUAGGUGUUCAUGAAGAAAUGUGUGGCAAUUACUUUUAUCCUAUAAAGGUAACCUUCACUCUAAUACUUCUAUUAUUUCUACAAUGGAAAUUUGCAGCAUUCCGUAAACCAGAAGUCAAAUUUAAACAAUUUAACCUAGAAAAAAAUGAUGAUUAUAUUAUUAAUCCAUUCAGAAUAAAUAUUCCAGAAUCUGAUUUGAUCGAACUCCAAAAAAAGCUACUAACCACAAGAGAAUUACCACCUUCAAUAAAAGAUGUAGGCUUUAAUUAUGGAGCUAAUUCCGAAUAUCUAAACAAAUUUAUAGAAUAUUGGAAAAAUGAAUAUAAUUGGAGAGACAGGGAGCGUUAUCUCAACCAAUUACCACAAUACAUAACACGAAUUUCAGGUCUAAAUAUACAUUUCAUUCGUGUGAGACCAAAUGAAACAGUUGCAAAAGGUAAAACGAUCAUACCCAUAUUGUUGAUUCACGGUUGGCUUGGCUCUGUAUCUUCGUUCUAUAAACUAAUACUACAGUUGGUCAAGCCCAAGGAAUCUUAUGAUUUUGUAUUUGAAGUAAUAGCGCCAUCAAUACCAGGUAGUGGUUUUUCAGAGGCUCCGCAAAUACCAGGCCUUGAUCCUGUACAUGUUGCUUCAAUUUUUCAUCGCCUCAUGUACUUAGUAGGGCAUGAAAAAUACUAUAUCCAUGCAGCAGAUUUGGGCGCACAUAUUGGUCAAGCCCAAGCCCUAUUAUAUCCAGAAUGGAUUAAAGGUUACCAUUCAAACAUAUGCAUAACGGGGGGAUUAGUUCCAAUUGUGGCUUGGUAUAUGGCGAUUGAAUUUCCCUCACUUUUUGUUGAAGAAGAAAGGGUUAACAAUAUUCUAGAAGGAGCGGGGGAAAGUGCUCAGGAAGCCUCUUAUUUUAUGUUAAAUGUUAAUAAUCCAGACUCUAUUGGGAUCGGAUUGACAGAUUCGCCAGCUGGUUUUGCUGCUAUGAUGAUCGAUAGAAUCGCAACACUCUCAAACUAUGGUAUGAAAAAUCGUUCCGAUGGGGGGCUGGAAUCAUUUGAUAAAAAUGAACUGCUUGACACCAUCAUGACAUACUGGCUUACAAAAAGCAUCACACCGUCCGUCCGAUGGUGGAAAGAGACAUUCUUGUUGAAGGAUACCGCGUAUAUGAAAGGUACAAUAACUUGGCGCAACGUGGAAAUCCCGUCCAGUUGUUCAUGGUUCAAACGUGAACCGGCGUUCCUCCCGAGGUUUGCACUGCAAUAUGCUUUCGACUAUUUGGUGUCAAUCCGCUAUCAUGAUGAAGGUGGCCGUUAUCCAGCAAUUACGCAUCCUCAUCUGUUAGCUGAUGAUCUUUGGCUUUUUGCGAAUGAAUCUAAAACAAUAAUUAAGAAAAGUCCCAAAAAAGAUAAUAUAUUUAGAUACUUCAAUAUAAUUGUUCUUAUUGCAGAAGUUUGGUAUAAUAAUGUAUGAUUUAACUUCGUUUCUUAUUUGUAUAAAGAGAAAAUAUAUAUAUAUAUAUAUAAAUAUAAAUUUCCACUAUCAAUUUUAUAUGCUGCAGGCGAAAUAUGUAAUAAGAAUAGAGCUUUUGUCAUUUUUAAAUAUAUAUUUUAUUUUUUAA